AUGUCUUUCCAGCCGACUGAUCUCGCUUCCCUGCAGACCUUUCAGUUUGAGCGACUGCUCAAUGAGGAUCCUAUCGCCCGCUCGCUCACUCUGCUAGGCACAUUUCCUGCAGCCGAUACAGCAUCCGAGCUGCGAUCACCGGCCAUCGUUCGCCUGGAGACGUCAGCCUUGCCGUCCAAGCAGCCAGAGGCGCUGCUCUCAAAGUUGGUCAAUGAUACAGAAUUAAUUGGCCGCAACGAUAUUUACACCUGGCUCCACGGCUGGCUGGAAAAAUCGCGCGACAGGCCAGACGUGAAGCUGAAUAUCAUAUGUCCUGCCACAGAAGUCCACAUCCGCAAGGCAAGUGCAGGUCCCCUCGCCCACGACGUGGACUCACGUCGUCCAGUAUUCCGCACAAAAAUUUCUGAUGGUCCGCGAGACCCCCGCUCUAUAUGGGCGUAUCGUGCAGCCUUAUAUCGCUGCGUUCCCGAAAUCACGCACGCAGUGGUGAGCCGUGUCCGUUACCAUGCAUUUUUCCACGAUCAUGCUGCGCACAGGGUCGUGGACAUCCUCGAAGGACGCUCAGAGGCCGACAACGUGCUCCACCGGGACUCCUCCGCAGAGCACGGCUACGUCCUCCUCCCCGACAUGAAAUGGGACGUCAAGACGCUCUCCUCGCUCUACCUCGUCGCCAUCUCGUCCUCACCGGCAAUCCGUAGUCUUCGAGAUCUGCGCAAAGACCACGUUGAUAUGCUGCGGAGUAUCCGACGAGAAGCGACGAGGGUCGUGAAGGAGAGAUGGGGCCUCGGCGCCGGGUCCCUGCGGAUGUACGUGCACUACCAGCCUUCGUAUUAUCACUUCCAUGUGCACAUUGUGAAUGUGGAGUUCCAGGGCCUUUUGGGCAUGUCGGUCGGGCAGGCUCACCUGCUCGACGACGUCAUCUCGAUGCUUGAGCUGGACUCUGGCGAGGGCCCGUCCGUCUUCCAGCGGAUGACGCUCACCUACGCGCUCGGCGAGCAGCACGGGCUGUUUGGGCAGAUGAGUGCGGCGCAGGAGGAGGUCGAAUACUGA